UUCAGUUGUUUGUUGUAGUGAUGCGUGGAAGAGCGUGUAGAGGAACCGUAUAGGAACAGUCGAGCGUCUAGCCUAAGUAGUACUAAAAGGUUGGUUUAUUGUUACUUAUUACUGUGCUAUAAAGCCAUUUCGGAAAGUACUUUCCUGUGGAGGAAUAUGGGUUUCGACCUUGAACGUUUUACCACUGAAGUGGACGACGAUUUGAAAUGUAGUGUUUGUUUGGGAGUUUUGGAGAACCCUCUAGCUACACCGUGUGGACAUGUGUUUUGUUCCAAUUGCGCCCUGCCGUGGGUCGUCCAAAACGGAUGCUGCCCAUUGAAAUGUGAGAAAUUCACAACCAAGGAGCUAAACAACGUUCUCCCUUUACGGAAUAUUAUUCUCAAACUUGAAAUUCGCUGUGAGUAUUGGAUACGUGGAUGUGAAGAAAAGGUAAAAGUUCAAAACAUGAGUUGCCAUUCAGAAGAUUGUGAUUUUGCUCCUGUACAUUGCUCAAAUAAAGGAUGUCGAGAAAUUGUAAAUAUUAAGGACCAAGCCAACCAUGAAACGAACUUAUGUGAGUUCAGGCCUGUGGGGCCUUGUAAGAAUGGCUGUGGUCUUACUCUGCAGUUUAACACACUCAAUGACCACAACUGUUUAAAAGCAUUGCAGACUCAUGUCUCAACCCAGCAAGUAAAGUUGGCCAAUAUGGAGCAUGACAUGAAAAAGAUGGCUGGGAGAGCUACAAAGAGGGAAAAAUCAUUAUUAUCAAGAAUUGCAUCGAUGCAGAAUGAGAUACAGAUGCAGGCAUUGAAAUUCCAGAAGAAAUUAAAUGAAUACAAAGCAGAAAUUGACUACUUAACAAAAGUUAUGUCAUUUGAAAAGCCUUGUAGCGAAGAAAAGGAAAUUACUUUGAUAUUGGAAAGAGACGACGGUAGUCUCGGAAUGAAUAUUAUUGGUGGCCAUGGGGCUGAAGGUGGACUUUCGGAAGGAAUAAUAGUGUCGAGAGUCACAGAAACUGGACCUGCAGAAAAGGCAGAUCUUAAAGUCCAUGACAGGAUCAUAAAGGAAACAGUCCUAUUGGAAGUUGGUGAAGCGCAGCUGUGUAAGCGAUCUAGAAAUAGAAAAGUCGGAGACUUUAUAUACGUAGGAGUCGUUUUACAUGGUGAUUGACCAAUGCCCUGGAAGAGCGUUUAUUAACAUGCACAUGGACUGUAUUACUUCUUGACCGUUGCAUCAAAAAGUGGAGGUUUUUCGUUAUUGAAACUUGCCACAUUCCAGUGGAAACACGAGGAGAGCAGUUAUCGGAGUUGAACCGGGGACA